CUGAACUUCUAUGAUGCGUCUCUCCCAUAGCUCAGCUGAGCGCACACACAGCACAGUCUGCAGCAGCAGCAGCGUUAGGAUGUAAUCAAUCCCACAUGUUUCAUCUGUGCGACUCGGGGAUUUUCACUCGAAUAUUUUUCUACUUUUUUCCUUUCAUUUUACCCUCAUCGCUGUACAACGGAUCUAAGUUACCAGACAUGACGGGGACUCCGUUGCAGCCGCGCACUGGGCUCCGAGCAGCGACGGGAGCCAGAAGUUCAUAAAAAGGAUUACUAUUAUUAUUAUAUUUUACUUUUUGGGAUCUGGGUGCCUGAAACCUUCAGUGCCUCUGAAUUUUUUGCUUUGGAUUUUGUGGGGAUUUAACGCUUCUCAUCGGGAUGGAAAGCCGCGAUUUCGCGCCGCCGCACCACCUCCUGACAGAGCGAAGCGCCCUGGUGCAUAACGCCGCGUCUCGGAUGGCGCCGGGCGGCCACGGCUCCGUGCAGCACCCGGCGCACUUCCAGCCCGGGAAGUACUACUCAUCCCACCUACCCAUGGGUCCGCACUCAGGUGCCCCCUUCAUGGGCUCCUUUCUGGCCAGGAGUCUGGGGACACCACCUUCCCACCCACCUCACCCUUCUGGACCCGCUGCCUCCCCUUCCUCCCCUUCCUACAGGACUGGAACCCAUUCAAGCACCUCCCCUAUCUGGUUCCCACAUUCACAUGAAGGGUACCCUGGCUAUUCAGGAAGUCUUGCUUCUCCUUUUCUCUCCAUGAGUGCCCUGGAUCACCAUAGCAGCAGUCUCUAUGGACAGUCCCGCUUCUACGAAACCCAAAAAGAUCACUUCUACCUGAGAGGCCUUUCUCCCCAGUCUCCUCUGCUCUCCACCAAUCACAGCCUUCCUCCACUGUCCAGGACAGCCCUAGGCCACCCACUUGGCCCUUGCAGCCGUGAGAUGGACAGUGGAGGAGGAAGUGUGAAGAGUGUUAAAGAUGUGAGCGAAAAGGGGGUCUUGUCGAAAGAGAGGGAGCGAUUGAGCAACAAAGAGCGACAUCAGGACAGCAAAGAAAAGCAGCAGCUUCACAACCACCACCAUUCUCAUCAGAUGAACUCUGCCACCACUCCAUCUGGCUCCCACCAAGCUUACUCUCACCCACACCAUGCCCUUCUUCAACAUCUUGCCCUCCAGGGCCGGGAACAAGACCACAGAAACUCUUUAGAGCGACACAUUGAGUAUAAAGACAGUGACCUGGGUAGUCAGGGAGCAAAACCUUUGAGUGCCUGUAAACUGUCCAGUGGAACGGAGUCAGAGGCUGCCUGUGAAGCAAAAGGUGGAACACUAAGCAGUUGCAAUGGUGGUGGGGUGGGGAGAGUAUCAUCUGGAAUCACCAGGCAAGGCUCAAAGGAUGGAACCAUAAAUGGGGAAAUGAGAAUUAGUGAAUCUUCCUCUUUCUCAUCUGAAUGUAUGCGUCAAGGAACUGUUGCAGUAACAGCAUUCUUGGCACCCUCAAACCCUCAAUCUGUAGCUUCCUACUCCAUGCCUCCACCUCCUGCACCACCACCACCUCAUGCCUUGCACCUAGGCUCCACAGUAACUGGAGGGUGGCUACACCCUGCAAAUCAUCACCCUCAUUCUGAGUUUUACUGUCCUCCUCCCCCACCUCUAACUCUUACACCUUCAAAAGAUCCAACAUCCAGCCCUGGAGGAUCCAGCAGGGAAUCAAAGGUCAAUGGCACAACUUCCGUGCCCUCAGUUGGAUCACAAGUCGAUAUGUCAACCCCUGACUGCCGUGGGGCAGGAGGAGAGGUGAGAAAAGAUGAUAAAACUGCAGAGGGAUCACAUGAAAGCCCCUCUCAUUGUCCAAGUCGCCCUAGUAGCUGCCAGAGGAAGGACAAAUCCCAGCCACACCGACAGCAGAUGGGAUAUGGCAAAGCUGACAAACCUCCUGACUGGAACCACCAGACACAUCACUUCAACAAACCUAGCUCCAGUGCAAGCUCUCAACCUGAACUGAGGUCCUACAGUGUAGAAACAAAUUCCUCUUUUAAAGAGGCUGAAGUUGCAAAUGAGAUUUGCAAUCCUCUCCCACAAGAUAGUCAGCGGACAAUCAAGACCGGUCUUGAUGCUGGUGCUUCUUCCCUAAGGGACUGUUCUCUCACAAGCCCAGAUGGAAAGGUGGGAUCUGGGCUUGGAACUCAGAGGGAAGGACAAAAGGUUGCAAGGAUACGGCACCAGCAGCACACCAGCCAGACCGCAGGAGCAGAGGAAAGGGUAAGAGAUGGAAGUCAGGCAGCAUCUUUAUGGGGAGCUCGAGGAAGCCAGCAAGAGGACCAGGGGAAAGGUAGCCAUUUUGCAUCAGUUAGUAAACAGCCUCCGCCGCUACCCCAUUCAUCAUCAUCACACACAGCUGAUGGUGAGGGGGGUGCCAUGAAGAACCUUAUGAACUACAGCUCCCAGCAACCUUUGUUAUUGCCACAGCGAAGCCCCUUUGGCGGUCUAGGCUGCCUUAACAAGAGUGGGGAGAGAACAGAGCGGGUCGACAGAGGAGGAGCUAAAAGCAACAUGUGCUUGCAAGACCCCUCCAAACAAUCUCUCCCUUCUCGCCGUGGCUCCACUAACGAUGGAGAAAAGACUGAAAGGGGUGCAAAGGAAGCCGGAGAAGCUGGAGAGGGGGAGGUCCGACAGCCUCCAGUGGGUAUUGCUGUCGCUGUAGCUCGGCCUCCCCAUCGUUCUCCAGACAGCACUCCUGGAAACAGCAGACAGGGUCGGGUUCUGCCCAGCCUUAAAGGGGUAUCGCGCUGUGUGUAUCCUCUUGGUCGGGAGUUGGAAGAGAGGAAGAUGAUGACAGAGGACCAGAUUGGUCUUCAUCACCUCGACAGAGACAGAGACCUGGUCAUCAGGGAAAACAAGGACUGCAUGGAGUUUGCUCGGAUCCACCCUUCCAGUAGCUGCCACGGUGACCUGACCCCUCACCUCCUUGUCCCUGGUGGAGCGAGUCAAUUAGGGGACCCUGUUGCACAUCCUCACCCAGCUCACCACCACUGGAUGCAGAGGACAGGAAGUCCCUCCUACUGGAUGGGCCCUUCAUACAGUCUGGGCCAUGUGGGGAUGAACCCCGGCUUCCCACCAGGUCUUGCCAGCCCUUUGCAGCCUGUCUUGGGGUCCCUCAGCCAAGAUCCUAACUCCCCCCUCGUGGUUCUUCCUACAGAUCCAGGGCCUCAUCAUCCUCUCGAUGUUCUGGAGCAGUCCGGUCUGUGGCCCCCAGUGUAUGGAGCCAGAGGCCCUCCCACUCACCUGCAGCCCCACCCAGUGUUCUCCCGCACCUCGUUCCUACAGCAGCAGGAGUUGUAUGCCAUGCAGCAUCAGCACCACCAACAACAGCAGCGUGCUAUGGGACACAUGCAACGACUCCCCUUAGGACAAAGAAAACGUGAGGAGCAUACAAUCACAAUAGACGACUCUCCCAAUGGAUCUCCAAAUUCCAGAACUCCAUCUUCUUCCUCCUUUUCUUCAUCCUCUGCCUCAUCCCAUGCAGCAAAACCAUUCUCUCACACCCUUCCUCUAACCAAGAUCUCCACACCAUCUCCGGGACUGUGUCCAAGCAGCCGCCAGUCGCCCUGCUACCUCUCACCAUCCACUCGUUUGACGCAUCCACCAAAUCCCCUGACUCCUGCUCCGAGCCCCGCAGCAGCAGCACCACGCUCUCCGGCCCUUAGCCCUGCACCAUCACACCUCUCCAAAGGGCUUGAGAGAGGGAGUGACAGAGGAGAAGGGCAACCACCUCAGGACUACCCACAGUCCUUAGAACCAGACUUGCCUCCUGUUUAUAGCUUCUCUCCAAUUUCCAUGGGUUACAAGGCCGGACCUUCGCCUCCUGAAGAGCGGGCGGCAGAGCAACCUUCGGAGGAAGAACAGCCAACAGGGUGUGAAACCAAGUCUCUCCCAAAGCAAUGCCGCAUCCCACCUCUCACCGAGGAGGGAACAAGGGAAGAAGAGAAUACAGUGGACUGCAAAGUGAUGGAGUCCGUGACAGAAACGAUAGGAUGCUCUAUCUCCAAACCCCAGACCGCCUUUUCUGGGUCGCCGCAAUGCCCUUUCCGAGCACCAGUCUGCCCAGCAGGCAAAACCCUAAAAGUGGACGUUCCUCUAGUUUGCCUUACGGAACCCCAGAUGUCCAAAGAGCAGGGAGACAAUUUGGAGGACGGCAAACGUAAUGACAUCGGGAAGAGUGAGAUAGCAGAGCCUGAACCAGCUGAAUGUACUGUCUCUGUGCCUGUAGAGCCUAGAAAGAGGGAGCUGGAGCAGGAUCAAGACGAUAAUGAAGAGAUUGUUGAGGUGGUUGAGGAUAAGAAAGAGGAAGAGGAUGGGAGUGGGAAAAGUCCAGAUGAGGAAUUGGUUGCUUCCUCCUCUGCUGACCCGUUCCCCCCUUCCACUAUGACCACGGUGACCCAGCUCGAAGGGGCUUACAUGUGGAGUUUGGAGCUCUUGAUUGCGGCCGCUUUGUGUGCCACCAGAGAUGCCUUGUAUCCACCACCACCAGUUGCUCAGACUCUGGGCCCUUCUUCUCACCAUGGUAUGGAAAUAUUGGGGGAACUGGCUGAGCUGGAGAUCAAACGAAGGAGCAGGGAGAGCAAAGGGAAAGAUGUAGAAGGUAAGGAAAUGCUGACCUUUGACCUCCACAGUCUGGCAACGCUGGCGGCGGCCAGGGCUUUGGAGACAGGCAGCAGGACCGUGGACGAGGAGUCUGACCAGCAGUGUCUGAUCAGGAAAAGGCUAAACCUUCGCAGGAAGUGCAGCUGGACACCUCGCCACGAGCCGGUGUGCCCAGUGAAGGGAUCCAUGGAAACGAUGGGAGGGGAGGAGCUGGCCAUGCGUGUCCAGCUGGCUGAGCUACAGCGCCGCUACAAAGAGAAACAGAGAGAGCUGGCCAAACUACAGAGGAAACACGACCACCAGAAAGACGAAAUGUCUCGUAGCCCCGCUCGCCGGGGGCCUGGCCGCCCCCGCAAGCGCAAGUCCACCCCCGGCCCAGCUGCUGUAGAGAGCUCCAAAAGACUUAGGACUGGGCUGAACAUACUAGAGCAAAAGACCAGGAAUAACUUGUCCAAUCACAGCUUCGACAGUCUGAGCAUUGCUCAGAUGAAAGCUCGUUGUAAGCACAAAGGCCUACCCAGCUCUCUGAGCUCCAGGCUGGCCAGGCGGGUGACCCAGAUGAAGCAGAAAACCACUCAGCGUGAUGCACCAACAGUCGGCGGGCUGCCCAGCAGUGAGGAAGACCCUUUCAAGAAUUUCUGCAGACAAGGGGGCAAAGGUCGACAGGACCGGAUGCUGCCAGGCGAGACUGUGAAGAAGAAGAGGGGUCGAAAGCCCAAAGUGGUGAUGGGCAUCAACCCUAACCGAGCUCACCACAGGGACAGACAGGACACACAUGAUGUAAGGGAAAACAAGACCUGCAGCGAGAGUUCGGAGCAUGAGGUUGACAGUGACGACAGUGAAGAGGAAGCAGGUGAUAUGAAGAUUACCUUAUCCUCGAAAGAAGUUCCUUUAAACUCUGCUGGGACUUAUACCUUUUCAGCUCAGUCCUCCAAGCUCCAAGCAAACCUGAAAGCCAGGAGUAAAAGACCAGGACCUCCAGGCCUAGGAAACUUUCCCUUUAUUGAGCAGAGGAGUGCACCCAGGAGGCCACAUUUCAGCAACUUGGACAGGGGAAAUCCAGAUCACGUGGAGGCUAACAAAGCUUCUCUCCCCAGCUGGGGUGUGCCAUCACUGGGCUGCAACUUUGGGGACAGCCACCAAGCUCUGACUGAGGCAAGGAGACUCAUCAAAGACAACGAGAGAAAGGCCUCUGUAAGACAAGGCUCAAGGGGAAAGGAAAAGGGUCACGGAGUGAGCAGGCUCCUGCAGAGCUUCUCAGCUGAUGAAGGCUUCCGUUUGGAUGAGGAGAGCAGCUUCUCUGAGGGGGAAGAGGAUGAUGAGGAGGAGGACGGGCUGAAGGUGAAGCUGUCGUCCCACCUUCCCCCCAACAUGCCUUCCAGAAUACCGGCUCUGCCAAACUGUGUCCUGAGCAAAGAGAUGCUGGUAGAUGGCCUGAAGAUCCUAAUCUCCAAGGAGGAUGAGCUGCUGUACGCCGCGUCUGUUCAAACCCUGGACUUGCCUGACAUAUUUAGUGUCGUCAUUGAAGGGGAACGGGGAAACCGCCCAAGGAUCUACUCGCUGGAGCAGCUACUACAAGAAGCUGUCUUAGAUGUGAGACCCCAAACCGAGGCUAUCCUAACAGAGGGUACGCGGGUUUGUGCCUACUGGAGUGAGCGUUCUCGAUGCCUUUACCCUGGUUACGUCCACCGUGGAGGUCCGGGUGAGGAGGACAAGGAGAAGGAGGAGAGUGUGAUGGUGGAGUUUGACGAUGGAGACAGAGGAAAGAUCUCCCUUGUAAACAUCAGACUUCUGCCUCCUGGAUACCAAAUCCGCUGUGCCGAACCCUCUCCUGCUCUCUUGAUCUCUCCGGGUCAUCGGGGUCGGAGAAGCUCUACAGCAGAGAAGAAAGAUGCCCCUACAGAGAAACUAGACAAUGAGGAGGUAGAAGGGAAGCCCCAGGGAAAAAGACCAGUUGGACGGCCGAAGAAAACAUACUCAGUGCCAAAGACAGCCAACACGUCAACUUCAGCAACCGACUCUGUAAUAAAGGGAAAGACAUCGCUGUUAAACUGGUCCAUACCCAGAAAGAGACCGCCAGUCGACUUCUUCCUCUUCAAUUGGACAUCCCGUAAGACCCAGCAGAAGAUCAGAGAGCGAGACUUAGGCUUGUUUCAUCGCCCAGCCCUGCAUUCUCUAGCACCACCAACCCCUAUUAAAAGCAUUUUUGGCACUGCAUUCGAGGUUGACUCAUUCAGUAGCAUUGCUAAUGGCUACUCAACCUUCGGAAAUGGUGGAGCCUCCGGAUCCGGGAGACCUGUUACCACCAUGGGUGCCAUGGGCCUCCGCGAGUUGCCUUGUUCUUCAUCAGUCACCAUGGCCGCGGCAGCUGGGAGCCGCAAGCCUUUGAGUGAGCGCGACAGAAAACACUUCUUAGUGAAGCUUGACCAUGAAGGAGUGACUUCCCCAAAAACCAAAAAUGGCAAAGCUUUGCUUCGACUUGGAGGGGUUGGAGGGAGAGGAGUAAAAGGCCAAGCUUGUGCAGGGGCACUUCUCCAAUACACACAACCUUCUCUUGUUGUGAAAAAUGACAAGAAGGUAGGGGAGGACAAAGAAAGUGUCAGGCGUCGAUCCGAGAUUCUUCUAAAAUGUGUUUCACCACUGAGAAAAGAUAUUCUCUCUGUGGAUCUUGGAGUGAAAGGUGGGGACUACAGUUUGGAAUACCCUAGUGACUGCCCUAGCUCUUACUCUGAGCUGGAUGAGGAUGAUGAGGAUGAUAGUCAAAACGCUGAAGCUCAAAGAAGACGAGCAGCCGUCUCAUCCCAUCGUGGCGGUCGUUUUCUGUCCCGUCCGUCUAUCUGCUUCUCAUCAUCUUCCUCCUCCUCUUCUUCGUCUGGUUCCAUUUCCUCCUCCUCUCUCUGUUCAUCUGACAAUGACUCCUCCUACUCAUCUGAUGAAGACUCCUCCUCUGUGCUGCUGCGGCGGGCGCUCCUCCAGCAGGACAAACAGAAAAUCAGGCAGAAUGUGAACUCCAGCCUCCAGGGCCCUGACCGCACGACCUCCAACCCCGCUUCAGCACCAGCUAAUGGCUAUAUCACCAAGGCUGGUGUGACCAUCAGAGGGUCAAAGGUGAGAGCUGACAGAGUGGAAGACAGGAAGGAGUAUAUCUCUAAAGGAAGCACGAUGGUCAACAGAAUGACUAAGAUGCAGCUGAAGAGGAAAGAAAGUGUUUCUAAUGACCACCAUCAAACCCACAGCAGUCCUGUCAGGCAGCAGGUGAAACAUGCUUCCAAGGAUUUAGCAUCAACCAAGAAGCAAAGGAUGUCUUCGCCUGAACCUCUUCCCAAAAUGGCUUCCCUGCUGCCUGGACGCCAGCUCUGGAAAUGGUCCGGCAAUCCCACACAGAGAAGAGGUCUUAAGGGUAAAGCCCGUAAGCUUUUCUACAAGGCCAUCAUGCGGGGCAAGGAGAUGGUGCGUGUCGGCGACUGCGCUGUGUUCCUGUCACCUGGUCGGCCCCAGCUGCCCUACGUGGGUAGAGUGGAGAGCCUCUGGGAGUCCUGGAGCUCCAGCAUGGUAGUCAGGGUCAAGUGGUUCUACCACCCAGAGGAAACUCGCCUGGGGAAGCGACAUCGUGAUGGCAAGAACGCGUUGUACCAGUCAAGCCACGAGGAUGAAAACGACGUGCAGACCAUCUCCCAUCGCUGCCAGGUGGUCAGCAAGGCAGAGUAUGACCACCUGAUGCGUGAACGCAAGCCGGGCAGCCCCUCCAAUGACCUGUUCUACCUGGCCGGAAGCUAUGAGCCAACCACGGGCCAGCUGGUCAGUGCAGACGGCAUGGUCAUCUUGUCCUAGCACCGUCCACGGAACCAUGAAUUCAAAUGAGUAGUUGCUGGAGUUCUUCAUGGUGGAGGCAAAACUAAGUUGGUUUCACAGAUUGAACUGCUUGAGAAUGAGUGAGCCAAUGUGUUGGUAACAAAGGAGAGCCAGUUGUUCAGAGGAAAGGGCUGGUCCAUGCCAGAUUUACUGAAGCUCUUUGUCGUACACAGAGUUUUAACCCUUCUUUAUGGUUGUCUCAUUUGACGUGAAAUGAUUACAGCAAGCAAAGCCGAGAUACCGAGGAGAGUAGCACUUUGGAUUGGAACGUCUUGGAAGUAAUACAAUGGGGUUGGCUUUCUGAAACAAAGACACAAUGUUAAGGACAGAUAUGCUGUAAACCACACUGGUUUGGAUGGAUGUAAUGGUCUUAUACCUGUAGUCUGAGUAGGACAAUGCUAUUAGAAGACCCCAGAUAGGACCAACAAACACUGUAGUUCUGACUUAAAUGCAUAUACGUGUCUGCAGAGGGACUGUGAUGGCAUUUAUUAAAAAUUUAAUGCACAUUAUCAGUGCUUCAACACAUGCUUGUGUUUGUACAGUAUUUGUGACAUUAUGCACGUCAAGCAAAGACAUAAUGUCAUGAUCCAAAGUGGGUAUGUCUCUGAUACUCUAAUAAUCAAUUCAGUGUUCAACCUUAGUUUUCUUAGUCGUUGCGACUGAAAGGCAGAACAAAGUUUCUCAUUUUAAGCCAUACACAUCGAUACCUCUCUAUCUAUGUCUGUCGUGUCUGCCUGACGGGGGCAAAAGACUUAUGUGAUUCGUGUGCAGGCAGUAGGAUUGUUAAUUUGAGCUGUGUGUGUGUGCCUGGGCUGAUGAGUGUGUGCUUUGUACAGCAUUCUGAAUAACCACACUGUAAAUAGUAUAUGAAUAUAAAUAAAUACGGUAUGUAUAUAUAUAUAUAUAUCUAUAUAAAUAUAUAGAUAUAUAUAUAGAUAUAGACAUGUACGUAUGUAAAAAAAAUAUAUGUUUAUGUGGUUUGUUUUGCAGAGAUUAUUGUAUUUUAGAGUUUUUUAGGGAUGGUGGGUGUUUUUUGGGGGGAUGUUGCAGAGAUAGAAGGUGGGCUCAUGUUUCCUUCUGUAUAAAUGCACUGAAUAGGACUAGAGGUUUGCAUUUGGGGUGAAACUCUGCAACCCAUUGAUGACUUUGUGGCUGUAGCCUUUGCUCUAGGUAAAAGAUAAAUAUGUAGAAAAGGUGUCUGGGAGGGAGGUUUUUUUAAAAGGAAAUCUGAAAAAAGGCUCUUUUUUAUACAUAUUUAGUUAUUAUUGUAUUCUUUUUGUGCUCAUUUUAAUCUGUUGGAUAUAGAAUGUGCAUUUCCUUUUAUUUCUGUUCAGCAAAUACUGGAAAUAAAAAUGCUGAAUUUCUUCCUGGAUCCUGAAAACAAAAAUUCAGCUUUUAUCUGUUUUAGCCUGCGUUCCUUUGGAAAAUAGAUAUUUAUCUGGCAGCAAAAUGAACCAAGAUACCAAAGCACCUGUGAGUUUAUGCUACACCACAAUAGAUUAAAAGACGUCCAAUCAAUUCUGAAACCGGGACCCCUGCAAUUUCAGAGGGAUUUCCUCUCGUCCUGUUCGCAUUCAUCCGAUGUUCAGGGAGGCAAAGUCCGUGCGCCGCCCAGCUGAUGCACUUGAGGUCUCUAUGGCAACCAGUAUGGCAUCACGUGACUGUGAAGGACAAUCAAAGAAAAUCCAUGGGACAAUGUUGAGAGACAAAAAUACAAGACAGAGGAUCAAAUUACAAAUUUAUGCUUCUCGUCACUUUUAUUCACGCUUUGCCAAAAAUGUCUGUACAUUUUUAUGUUGGUUUCUUUCUUAAUCAUCAUCUUGUUUAUGCAAGCCUGGAUGACUGUUUGCUUUAUAGGAUGUACAGGAGGAAGAACAUGAAUGCCUUUUUUCCCUUUUUAGGACUGACUGACUGACUUUUAACGGCUGUUUUGCUGUUACACUGCAAAGCAAAAGCUUUAAAUUGAACCUAAUGUGAAACUCAGCUUUGAAAUAAUGAUUUUAAGGGUCUAAAGCUGUAUUUUCUUUAAGAAACACUGGAUUGAAUUCUAAUCACAUUUCGACAGGGGCAAGAUCAUUGUUUGUUUUUUAGACCCACUGGAACCUGCUUUGUUUGGUUAAAAUAGCCUACUAAAAUAUAUAAUGUAAUUUCAGUCAUUCUUUGGAAAUAUGACUAAAAUAUUUCCUUGUGUACAAAAGAAAAAUAUUUAUCUUAAUUUUAUUGCAUUUGUGUUUCAUUAAAAAAAAGCAUUCGUAAGAAAUAAAGGAUCUAAAUUUC